CGCUAGCACGUGAUUGGCUGCAGCAUCCGCCAAAGCCGUCUGAACUCCCUACAACAACGCCUGAUUCAGCUGCGAAUAAAUCGAAAAAGCAGAGGGCGGUGAUUCGCGUGAUAUUUUGUGAGGCAUCACAAACAACUGUCAAUCUCAAUGAGGCUUCUUACAGCACAUAGGCUGGGCGGCUUAUCAGUGUCUUGCCAGCGCUUACCUGUGACCUUUUCAUCGUCAACGAUUCUGCGCAGACGUAAUGCUUUAGUAUCUGGGCCCAAGAAUGUUGCCCAGCGCGUGGCAUUUCACCAGACGCAACGACAUCUGUCUGAUAUCAAAGAUGCUGCAGCUUUGACAGCCACCACGGAGCCACCGGUGCCCGUCUAUGAACCCCCUAAGACGGGCAUCUUAUCAGUUCUGCCCAAAUCAUGGGUACCAUAUGCUGAGCUCAUCCGUCUGGAUAAGCCAACAGGGACAUACUACCUGUUCUUCCCUUGCAUGUUCUCAACACUGAUGGCCGCACCAAUGGUUGCACCAAUGGCAUCCAUUCCAACGGUAGUUGGAACUACUGCUCUAUUCUUCACUGGAGCUCUCAUCAUGCGUGGUGCCGGUUGCACUAUCAACGAUUUAUGGGACAGGAAUUUAGAUCCUCACGUGGCCCGUACACGCUUCCGACCUAUUGCACGCAAAGCCAUCACUCCCUUCCAAGGAGUUGUCUAUACAGGAGUCCAGCUGCUUGCAGGAUUGGGCAUCCUCGUUCAGUUUCCGUUGGAUUGUCUCUUCUACGGUAUCCCCAGUCUACUCUUUGUAGCCAGCUAUCCUUUAGCCAAGCGCAUCACAUACUAUCCCCAGGUUAUGCUUGGAUUCACAUUCUCAUGGGGAGCGAUCAUGGGUUUCCCAGCCCUUGGUAUUGAUCUUCUCACAAAUCAAGCCGCUCUCACAGCUGCCAGUCUCCUCUAUACUUCCAACAUUGCAUGGACAGUUCUUUACGACAUGAUUUACGCGCACAUGGAUAUCAAGGACGAUGCCAAGGCCGGUAUCAAGAGCAUUGCGCUCAAGCAUGAUGCACAGACAAAGCAAGUCCUGACAGGAUUAGCAGCCGUUCAAGUUGGAUUAUUGGCAGCUGCUGGAGUUGCGUCGGGUGCUGGCCCUGCAUUCUUCCUUAUCAGCUGCGGUGGCACAGUAGCUACGUUGGGCGUCAUGAUCAAGCGUGUCAACUUGAAGAGUGUCAAGGAUUGCUGGUGGUGGUUUGUUAAUGGUUGCUGGAUUACGGGUGGUACUAUUAGCAUGGGCUUGGGCAUUGACUACCUCAUCAGGUUAUCUGGGGAGGACAACGAUGACUACAAGACAGGUAGCUCUGAGGUGGCACAACAGUAAGCCUGGGUAGCUGGAAAGCGUUCUGUAACACUCCUGUAGCAUUUUUUGUACAAUAGCAUAAUCACAUAACCUAAUUUUUCACCGUCGAGCAGGCCGGGUAAAUGGUAUCGAACAGACGUUGUAUGAUGUCUAUUUCUCAAUUGGAAGUCUUUUGAUUUUCAUUCCCAGAUCCGUAAUGACAAUGCAAGCAAGCCGUUUAGACUCCUCAUGCCGUAAUAUGACGCUGCGCCGCUCCCCGAAUUCUUUUGUCGUUCUUUACGAACGGGGCUUCUCCUUCUUCUCCUUCCACAAGGCCAACAAACCGACACCGGAGACCUUGACAACCUUGAAACGAACACCGGGAAUAUCACCCUUGGCCUUGCCCUUGCGACCGAAACCAGCAAUAAGGACCUCGUCGUUCUCGUCGACGAAGUUCAAGCAACCGUCAUUGGGGACUGUUAAGAGAAAGCUCAGUUAGCAUAACUACACACAGGGUACAGGGAGAAAUUGAGCGCCAUCGAGGAGAAGCAACGAGCGUGCGCAAUUCAUUCGAUGGCGUCGAGGGGGGAUUCGCGUACCGAAAGCAGUAACCUUCUUGCCGUUCUUGAUCAACUGAACUCUGACACACUUUCGGAUAGCGGAGUUGGGCUGCUUGGCCUCAACACCGACCUUCUCGAGGACGAUACCCUUGGCGUGGGAAGAGCCACCGAAAGGAGAGGACUUGAAAGCGGUACCCAGGGCACGCUUCUUGUAGUGAAGGUCAGACCACUUCUGGUCCUUUCUGUUGAAACGCAACUUUCUAGCGGCGUUAAGACCGCGGGGCUUGCCUCCUGCCAUUUUUGCUUUAAAGAAACCGUCGUCAGUAUUUGGAUACGAUUAUAUAUAUUUGCGUAGUCGAAGGGGUGUGUCGUCGGGAACGUACCGAAUUAUGUUGGUAUCGCGGUUG